UAAUGUCGGCGGCUGAAUUUUUAUGUUCUAAGGCCGCAAAUUCACGAGUGGUACUGGCCUCAUGUAAAGACGCUCUACUUCAAGCUCUCGGUACACUGACGUGUCAUGAGGCUGGAAUUCGUGCACUUGAAUCCUGUUCGCCAAUGCAUCAAACUACUCUAAUAAGUUCCUUAUUGCGACCGUAUCAAGGACGGGCUUGGGGCCAAUCGAACUGGCUGAUCCUUCGAUUUUGGCUCGGAUGCGGAUUUUGCUAUCGAGACGGCCGACAUCCGUCGAUUUUUCAAGAUGGUACACGAACUCCGUCCAAUCUAGGACUUUUUCGAAGCCGAGGAAAAAAUGGUUCUACUGGUCUAUUGCAUCAUAUCGCUCCAAGUAGUCCAAGUGUGCAUAUUCAGCAAUUAAUAGCCGAAUUGCUUAUGAAAGACGAACCGUUUAGCACCACACUGAUUAAUUCAAUUUUGUCGCAAUUGAAUUGGGCAUUCUCCGAAUUCGUGCUACUUUUACAAGAAAUCCAAAAUGGAAUGCAACGCCAAGAUCGAUCGAAUGCCGCUUACGAAUCAAGACAGUCGAAAAUAUGUUCCAUGUGCUUUGAGCUUACCGUCUCUUUAAUGCGAACGCUUGAAAUGAUGAUUAAUAUAGCGCCGGCUGUUUUUGUCGAUGCAGAACGACCUAAUAGUAUAACAUUAUUGAAUCGUGUAUGCCAAUUAAUCAGUCAAGUUUUGUCACGAGUGACAGUACCACCUGGAUGUUUUCAAUACGUCAUCGAUAUGUGUUUACCCGAGCUGAGCAGUGUAACACAUUUUUCCAUCAUCAGCGCAGCCAUUGGAAUACUAUUGGCACUUUUAAAGAAUGAAAUAAAUGACGACGAAGAAGGGCGCAUCAAUAUGCCGAAAGUGGUUAAGAUUCUGUUAACCGAUCCGAGUUUUCAAGUAGCGUCUCUGGAAUAUACUGUUGGUUAUGUAAAAACACCGAUUCAAAUUCAACAAGAGAUACACCGUGGAAAUUUCGACGCACAAAGCCGUAGUCAUAUCGAUCCACUUACAAAUGAGGUUCGUUUCAGUUCAAACCGACCGAGAUCUGAGCAACCGGUCAUCAAAUUUUCUCUACUUGAUUAUCCCACCCAUGUAAAUGCCGAUGAGAUUGAACAAGUGAAAAAAUUGAUAAAAUACUUGCUAAUUCGAAAAUCACUUUUAUCCGAUACAACACUGCCUUCAGACGAUACGAUUUGUACGAUAUGCUAUGCAACAUCGAUAUCAGCUACAUUCGAACCAUGCCGUCACCAAUCAUGUUCCAGUUGCAUUACACAACAUUUAAUGAAUACUAAAGUUUGCUUCUACUGUAAAACGCUUAUAACCAAAGUGCACAAUUUUGAUGGUACAACCAUUUACGAAAACAUGCCAGCUUCGCAAUCUUAACGAUUCAAUCAAUGCGCAAUUUAGUUAAUCUCAAUCGAACAUAAAAAAAAGUACAAAUCACAAAUUGUGAUAAAAACCAAGGGAAAAAUCAUUUGAAAUUGAUAUAUUUUUUGGGGCAAAACCAAAAUACAUACAAAUCGUGUGUUAAUUUGUUUGAAAUAGUUCAAAAUGUGUAUGAAUUUUAAUGUUUUAGAAAAACAAUUUUUAAAAUAUGGUAAAAAUCAUAGAAUGAUCUAAAAAAGACAAUUUUGAGUAUUUUCCCCCUUGAAACAAACUCUCUCGCUAUUAGAUGUUUUUAAAUUUUGAAAUAAACUGUCAAAAAACGCACUAAAAACUUUUAGCUCA